GAUUGGCGGCCGCCGGCGGCCAGGGGAGGGGGCGCCGUGCGGGACCAUGGCAGGCUCCGAGGCGUCCUAGCCGGAGCUCCAGCCGGAGCCGAGCCCACGCUGCCGCCGCCGCCGCUGCCUCUCCGCGCCGAGCCCCCCCGCCGCCGCCGCCGCAACCCUGCGGGAGAUGGAACAGCGGAACCGGCUCGGAGCCCUCGGAUACCUGCCGCCUCUGCUGCUGCACGGCCUGCUGCUCUUCGUCGCCGACGCCACAUUCACCGAAGUCCCCAAAGAUGUAACCGUGCGGGAGGGAGACGACAUCGAAAUGCCCUGCGCUUUCCGGGCCAGCGGAGCCACCUCGUACUCGCUGGAGAUUCAGUGGUGGUACCUCAAGGAGCCUCCCCGGGAACUGCUACACGAGCUGGCGCUCAGCGUGCCGGGCGCCCGGACCAAGGUAACAAAUAAGGAUGCAACUAAAAUCAGUACCGUGCGUGUCCAGGGCAAUGACAUCUCACACCGGCUUCGGCUGUCCGCCGUACGAUUACAGGACGAAGGCGUGUAUGAGUGUCGAGUUUCGGACUACAGCGACGACGACACCCAAGAACACAAGGCCCAGGCGUUGCUGCGCGUGCUGUCGCGCUUCACGCCGCCCAACAUGCAGGCUGCGGAGGCGGUGUCCCACAUCCAGAGCAGUGGCCCGCGCCGCCACGGAGCCCCCAGCGCCGUCAGCUCCAACAACGCAGGUGCCGCUGUCCGCACCACCUCCGAACCCAGCCGUGGCGACAGGAACCCACCUCUUGGGAGCCCUCCCGCUGGAUCAGGAGUCCCGGAGGCAGCCGCCGCCGCUGCUGCCGCUGCUGCAGCCGCCGCCGCCACCUCUGCGACCCACACAGCCACCACAACUGUUGCAGCAGCUGCUGCUGCUUCUUCAUCGGCGUCGCCGCCGUCGGGCCAGGCUGUCCUUCUGCGCCAGAGGCACGGCUCCGGUAAAGGUACUGGCCCUGGCUACAGCACAGACCCUCUGCUGUCUCUGCUCUUGUUAGUCCUACAUAAGUUUCUGCACCCGCUUCUGGGGCACUGACAGUCGUAAAACCUCAGCAGGCACCCUGGGAGGACACCUUGCCACGUGGACAAAGAGACCAAGGGAAGCAUGAAGAAGUCCAUGCGAAAAUAAAUAAAUCAUAUUUUUGGGGAAGUAACACAAAUCUAGAAGACUUAAAUAAUGCAUCAAGUUUCCAAAUAUGAUGGAGUGCAGGCCGUGCGGUGUGCAUGGGGCACCAAGUUCUUCACGGCAAUGUAUUUUUCUUUCCUUCACAUUCCCUUCAAAUCUUCAUUUUGCACGAACUGUUGAGCAGGUACCUUGAGGAUAAUAUGUGAAAAAAAAAAAUGUUGGGUCAAAGCCUUUCUGACAAAGUAAAAUAUUUUUAGGAGAUUAUUGUGUUUAGAUUUUUUUUGAAUUUACAUUUUCUUUGGGGGCUUUUCUUUUUUUAUUAAAUUAUUUCUUUGGAGAUACUUUGAUUAAAAAGAAACACCAUAAUUAAAACUCACUGUCAAUAAUAUUUAUUUUUAAAUAAAGAUUGGAAACAAGGAUAUACAGUUGUUUCUAAACUGUAUUGUAUAUUGCUGAAUGAUAGUUGAAUGAAGAAAAAACUUUUAAAUAGACUUUCUACAGCUAUGUAUGACUGUCAAGCUUCAGUGCCUGCUGCAGCCAGACACUGUGACCUCCUCUUCUCAGACACCAGCUGAAUGUCCCCCAGCAUGGAAAGCAGCCCAGGACACAUGGCUGGGCCACAGAGAGCAUACAAGAGUACCUGCCAAUCUGCCAGGGGACAGUCGACUUCUUAGAGGCAAGAAUGAAUACUGAAAGAGAGAACUACUGCCAAGAACCAGCUAUCCCCUGCGGCCUUCAGUAGAUCUGAGGCACACUUAUCUGCUGUGAGGUCACAGCCCAGCCUGUACUGGUCCUAGCUUUACUGACGAUCAAAAAGGGAGUUUGGAGAGAUGGUUAGUCUCCUGUACUCUCUCACCUUGUACCUACAGGUUGGCUUGUAGCCUCCAAAAUCUGUGGGUUUGGGUAUAGGUUGCAUAUCUCAGAAACACUAAUAUGCUCUGGUGGCUAGUUAUUCUUCAUUUCACGACAGGACUCCAGUAAGUACACAGACCUGUGGUUUGUUUAAAAUAUAGCCAGACUUUUAUAACUGUUGUUUAUUUUGGUGUUUUGUUUUGUUUUAUUAAUUUUGAAUUGGCUUAUUUGAAUGGCACUUUUUUUUUUUAAUGAGAAGAUCUCAUGCUAUAACCUAGGGUAGACUAAAAUUUCCAUAUAGCCCAGGCUGUCCUUGAACUUGUAAGCCUCCUCUGUCUCCCCAGCCUCCUAAAUGCUGGAAGUAUAGGCAUUUGGCACUGUGCCUGGCUUAACCUUUGUAUAAAACACA